AUGUCUGCUCACAAGGGAGAAAAGUCGAAGGUACGACGGAGAAAUAUUCUUGUACGCUUUUUUAAUUCUAAUAAUAAUGAUGCCGAAUCACCGACUGCUUCCGUAUCGGGACCGGGUGAAAUUAGUUCUCCGUACAACACUGUACAUCGGAUUCACGUUGGCUACGACGGAAAAAAAUUUACGGGUCUUCCUCAACCAUGGCUAGAUACACUCCUUAGAGACAUCAGCGAAGCUGAUCAAAAAAAGAAUCCAUCUGCUGUUGUGACAGCACUGAAGUUUUAUGCCAAGACUGUAAUGGCGCAAGAUGCUGAUAAACAAAAGUUUAUGCUCACAAAGUCUCAACUACCUUCAGACGAUGAUGUAGAGGAAGAGUCAUCACUGUCGCAACGGUCUUUAUACAAAAUAGGUUCAUUCAGUAACGUUACAAGCACGCCCUCGUGUACUUCUCCUGUCUUAUCAAACAGCAGUACGAAAUCCCCUGUUGCAUCGCCAGUUGCUGAGGACCAGAACGUUUUACCGCCGGUCCUCCCGCCACGACAAGCUAAAGUGCCUACAGCUCCUCCAGUUCCUCCUUCUCGAAUUUCUAAUAGGGAGAAUAUACCAACAGUUGAAACUUUACCGCAAAAAACUUCAACUAGUCCGCGAAGAGCACCACCGCCCCUCCCACCCAAACCUGCUCACUUAAAAUCCUCCAACUCUACGACGAAGCAACAGGCUUAUAAUUCUGGAGACAAUGUCAGUUUUGUGGCUUCAAAAAUUGUUAAUGAUAACGAAACAAAUAAGAAAGCUGUUACAAAUGCUGCUAGCGAAAAAAGUGGAAGUGUUGUUUCUGAUUCUUCAAGGAACGAUGUUGUUGGCAGUGAGGCAGAUGACGACACAUCUUCAAAUGGGAAUUACGAGCAGGUACAGGUGCGAAGAAGGGCGCAGCAAGGAGAAGAAGAAAAUGAUGAGAACGUUAACAAAGUUGUAAAGCCAAAACUAACGGAUUCUGAGGUACUCGAAGAAUUAAAACGAAUUGUCAAUGAAGGUGAUCCAAUAGAAAAAUACGAGCUUAUCCAGAAAAUUGGUGUCGGCGCAUCUGGAAGGGUUUAUACCGCCAGAGAUCGAAGAAACGGGCAGAUUGUUGCAGUUAAACGCAUGGCUUUUGAAAGUCAGCCGAAGAAGGAAUUACUUCUUACAGAAAUAAAAGUGAUGCAAAAAUACAAACAUGAGAACCUGGUAAAUUAUAUUGAUAGCUAUCUCGUUGAUGCAGAUGAUUUGUGGGUUGUGAUGGAUUAUUUGGAGGGCGGCAAUCUGACUGAUGUUGUUGUGAAAACAGAGUUAGAUGAAGGGCAAAUUGCUGCUGUUUUGAAAGAAUGUUUGCAAGCACUGAAUUUUUUGCACAGUCAUGGUAUUAUACAUCGCGAUAUAAAAUCGGACAACGUGUUGCUGGGUAUGGAGGGUGCGGUGAAGUUAACUGAUUUUGGAUUCUGUGCACAAAUUCAACAUGAUUGCAAAAGAGCCACAAUGGUAGGAACUCCGUACUGGAUGGCACCCGAAAUAGUUAAUAAAACAAAAUAUAGCUACAAGGUUGACAUUUGGUCGUUAGGUAUUAUGGCAUUGGAAAUGUUAGAUGGCGAGCCACCAUAUUUGCAUGAAACGCCAUUAAAGGCAAUUUAUUUAAUUGCACAAAAUGGCAAACCUGAAGUGAAGAGAAAGGAUAUGUUGUCUGCAGAAUUUAAUGAUUUUUUGGACCGUUGUUUGUGUGUUAAUCAAGAUGCGAGAGCGGACACUGUGGAACUCUUAAAACAUCCAUUCAUACAAAUGGCUAAACCGCUUAGCUCACUGAUAGCGUACAUACGUGCUGUGAAGGAUCUCAAGUUGCAGCAAGGAUAA